GCCCCCCAAGUGAAUGAUCUGAUAUCACAGCCUGCUACUCAGCUGAACCGACGACUACUCUCCAACGACCAGUCAGUCGUCCUCGUACGCUCCCCCGAUAAAGCAGUCGUUCGUAGUGCACAGUCGCUGCUGUUCGCCGUCGACGCGUACACCACUGGCGUUCCGUUCGCAUCCCAGUCUAGCGUUUCGCUUUUUUGGCCCUUCGCAAGUGUCUUCGGCCGAGCCGGUUGGUUGGCCGCCGCUGCUGCUGGCCCGUUCGACGACAGUGUUUUGUUGUGGUCCAGUGUCGCACCGAUUUUCGAUUUUAUUCGGCCGGACUUGAGAUUGUUUUUUUUUUCGGGUUUCGUUUAUUUUUGUUGGGUUUUUAACUUAGUACGAGAUGUUGGUUUUUGAGAAUCCAACCUCGCACCACCAAAAGGAGGUUCUCUCCUCAAAUUCCGGACAUCUAGUCAAGAUAACGACAAAAAAUGGUCCCAUCAUCUCUAAAACUGCCCUCAACAACUACAGUCAACCAUUGCAUAUUUCAUCAGAGCACUAUGAAUCACACACCGGUUCUAACUCAUCCAGACAUCUCAGUGCCAGUUAUCGCAACGGUAUAUCCAGAAGUGCGUUUUUCAAUUCAGAUCUACAACAUUUAGAUACAGCCAAAUUGUCGUCUAGACUGAAUUUAAACCAAGGCUCAACAGUUUCAACGCCAAGCACACCAAUGGUGGACACUUUGCCUACCAUCAACAAUAAUUCCGACAAAAAUCAAGAAGUUACCAACAAUAACAAAGAAGAAAUUUCCUUUCCCUUAACACCAUCAGAGGCGUUACGUUUGUACGGCAAUCGUCUGACAGAACACGAAAAGACUGAACUUUCCACGGAGAAGUAUUCAAAAAUAUGGUACCUCGGCUUGGACGCUUGCAAAAUUCACGGCGAAUAUGGCGGCGUUCAAAAUGGUGGCUACGAUGACGAAAGCGGAAGUUAUACUAAGGUGCUGCAUGAUCAUAUAUACUACCGCUACGAAAUACUAGAAGUAAUUGGCAAAGGGAGCUUUGGACAAGUCAUCAGAGCACUAGAUCACAUGACCAACAAGCACGUAGCAAUAAAAAUUAUAAGGAACAAAAAGAGGUUCCAUCAUCAGGCUUUGGUGGAAGUGAGGAUUCUAGAUCACUUAAGGAAGAAAGACAAAGACAGUAACCACAACGUAAUUCAUAUGUUGGAGUAUUUUUAUUUUAGAAAUCAUCUGUGCAUCAGUUUUGAACUAUUAAGUCUGAACCUCUACGAGCUGAUUAAGAAAAACAACUACCAGGGUUUCAGCUUGAACCUGAUUAGAAGGUUCGCCAACUCCCUGCUGAAGUGCCUCAGGCUACUGCACAGGGAGAAUAUUAUCCACUGCGAUCUCAAGCCGGAAAAUGUUCUACUUAAACAGAGAGGCAGCAGUUCGAUCAAAGUUAUCGAUUUCGGCAGUUCCUGUUACUCAAAUCAACGAGUCUACACCUAUAUCCAAUCGAGAUUCUACAGAUCGCCGGAAGUCAUUUUGGGUUUGACUUACGGACCCGCCAUAGAUAUGUGGAGUCUGGGAUGUAUUUUAGCCGAACUAUACACAGGGUAUCCUCUGUUUCCUGGGGAAAACGAGGUGGAACAGUUGGCUUGUCUUAUGGAAGUUUUAGGACAGCCGCCAGAUGAUCUCAUAGCAGUCGCUACAAGAAGACGUUUAUUUUUUGAUUCUCGAGGAAAUCCAAGAUGUAUUACAAAUUCCAAAGGCCGCAAGAGGAAACCUGGAUCAAAAAGCUUAGCCAUGGUCUUACGGUAUACGGACAGCUUGUUCAUCGACUUUAUUUCCAAAUGUUUAGAAUGGAAUCCCAAAAAGCGCAUGACCCCCAGCGAAGCUUUCACUCACUCCUGGAUCCUUUCCGGCACGUCACACUCGCACCAGAACCAAAAGUCUGACCUCCGACACAGUCACUCUGAGGUGAACGUGGCGAACGACAGCCACUCGUCAUCCAGCAGUAUUUCCGGUAGCAGCCAUUCCAGGACCCAUUACAAAUGUAUAGUGCAACAGAAAAGUGAUAAAGUUAGGGCCAAAAUCAUCGACACCAGAUUGCACGAUACCACCAGCAACACGGUGGAUUUGAACUUAAAAUAUUCGGGUAAUUUCCUUCCUCCAAUACUGUAGUUUAUUUGUGAGAAAAUAUUGGAGAUGUAAGAAAUAGUUUUGUUCCGAUGUACGAGUCAACGGUUUGGCAAUAGAA